UUGUCGUUAUCGAGUCGCGCAUAUGCCUCCACGUAGUGACAGGCAUUACGUCAACAUAACCUGUACCAUAUUCGCGAUUACCUUUAUCCUUCAGUCAGUCCCUUCGUAUAAUUAAAGUCUCGCUGGCGAUUAGUUAUCCUUUCAAAAUGGUGUCCGUUUUAAAUACCGUCGACACUGGCCACGAGGACAUGAUCCACGACGCGGAGAUGGAUUACUACGGUUUGAGGUUAGCAACUUGCUCGAGCGACAAUUCGGUGAAGAUAUUCGAUUUGAAAAACGGCACUCAGAACCUGGUCGCCGUUCUCAAGGGACACAUCGGCCCGGUGUGGCAGGUCGCGUGGGCCCAUCCGAAAUUCGGCAAUCUCUUGGCAUCUUGUAGCUAUGACAGAAAGGUAAUUAUCUGGAAGGAACUGGGAGAAUGGACCAAGAUCUACGAGCAUACUGGCCAUGAUUCCUCUGUCAAUUCGGUCGCGUGGGCGCCGCACGAGUUUGGUCUGAUCCUGGCCUGCGGAAGUUCAGACGGAUCAGUUUCCAUUCUUGCAAACACCGGAGAUACCUGGCACAUGCAGAAAAUAACGAACGCUCACACGAUUGGGUGCAAUGCGGUCAGUUGGUGUCCAGCGGUCGAUUCGGGCGCCGAUCCCAGUGCGAUUCAACAGAGGAACGAUCCUGUUAAGCGGUUAGCCACCGGUGGUUGUGACAAUUUAGUGAAGAUAUGGAAGGAGGACGGCGACAGAUGGAUAGAAGAGAAUAAACUGGAAGCACAUAGCGAUUGGGUUCGCGAUGUAGCCUGGGCACCGGCAGUUGGCCCAUCCCGAGCCGCUUUGGCGUCUUGCUCGCAAGAUCGCCGCGUUGUCGUAUGGACUUCCAACGAUUACACUAGCUGGACACCGAACGUUCUUAAUGUCUUCGAUGACGUUAUCUGGAAUGUCAGCUGGUCGUUGACAGGCGGUAUCUUAGCGGUCAGCGGUGGCGACAACAAGGUUUCGCUCUGGCGCGAGAAUUCCGAAGGACAGUGGGCAUGCAUCUCGGAAUUGAACAAAGAUCAAGGAAAUCUUAACAAUCCAGAUCAACGCGCAUUGUAAUAUUGAUUUAACGGAGAACCAUGUAAAAUAAUAUAAAAUAAGCAUUGUAAUUAAUAAUUAAUACGGAUUUGUUUGAUAUCGAGGAUCUUUUAGCAAAUUCCAGAGUUAGUUCGAGUUAUUUACCGUUAAUAUUUGAUUAUCCAUAAACAUUUAUUCGAAAUAUUAUGUUUAUUCUUAUUGCGAUAACUGAAAAAAUUGUUGGCAAAUAUCAUA